AUGAAGAUGCAGGAGGUACUUGGUGCUGGAGUUUUGCUUCUGUUGUGUAUUGCAAUUGGAUACAGUGAACCUACCUUUCAUGUAGCACCCGAUACUAUCAGUGGAUGGAAUGGCAGUGGAGAUUACUGGCUAGGCUUCGAUAAUGUUAAUGGUCUUGUCAUUAAUGGAUCUGGAACCAUCAAUGGCCGGGGUUCUACUUGGUGGAGCAGAAGUCAAGAGUCUACACGACCAAGGGCUGUACACUUCGACAACUGUAAUAAUCAAGUAACAGGGAUCAGUGUUGUUAACAGUCCAAUGUGUCAUAUCUCAAUAAAUCAGUGCACUGGUGUAUCCAUCUCCAGAAUUCAUAUAAAUUCACCUGCUGAUAGCCCUAACACUGAUGGCAUUGACAUCGCUUCAUCAACCUACGUAGAUGUGCGAAACUCCAUCAUCAAAUCUGAUUAAGAUUAAUAAUGAUGGUUUGGCUUCAAGUGUGGGAAGUCUAGGAGAACAUGGAGCAGAUGACACAGUGGAACAAGUGCAUGUACGGGAAUGUAAUUUCACUGGAGCUAAAAAUGGAGCAAGAAU